CAUAUAGUUCAUCGGCAAAUUGUCACACAAAUCGCGAUACUACUCACAACCAAAACAAUAAUUUCAUAUUUUGCCAAAAAAUAAAACGCCCCAUCAAGCCGAAUUACGAAAAGAAUCUCGUUUCGCCGAUGAGACGCAAAAAGUGUUGAAAUUUUAACUGAAAUUAAAGUGAAUAAAUGGAAUUUCAGGUGCUAUUGACAAUGGUAUAUGUCAUUGCCAUUGUCAAUAUCAUUUAUAAAUAAUAAAAAAAAAUCGAGUUUCGUGCCGAACCGUAUUGUUUUUGUGUGUAAUUCGGCUUACGUUGCUGAGGCGGCGGCGACGACGACCACUUAUUUUACCUGUUCCGCGCAAGGUAGAUGAGUUAAAGUGCGGUCAAUAUAUUUAUAUUCACAUCAUAAUCGUAUUCAAUUGGAAUAGAGACCGAGAACAACAACAAAAAAACGUGAUGAUUCAGUGAGUAGUGAAAAUUAAUCUGUAAUCCAAGUAUGUGCAAACAUUUUGUGCAGUGAAUAUAUAAAUAAUUGUUUGCAACAAAUAAUAAUAAGUGAAUCUGGUCGGGUGACACAUAGCGUAUAAUCUGCAUAAAAUAUAAAUUCACUAUUUGUUUACAUUCAAACGAUCAAACAUCAAAUCCAACCCAUUCGAGUGGCGUGCAUUGACUUGGGACUCGUCGGAAUUCCAAGGCAAUGGACCAACUACAUUGCAAAACCGUUGCCAUUCUCCUGACCAUCAUUGCAUUGUUGUCGUCGUCACCACAUCGUCUAGUUGAAUGCCAACAAAAGAAUGCCACACUUUCGAUAUCAACACAUGAUGCCGUUGUUAUCGUCCCCGACACCCAACACUUUACCAUCGAAUUAAAUGGAUUUGUUGAUAAACAAAUUAAUGUGACACUUCAAGUGAAUAACAAGGGAUUGGUUGAUUUGCAACCCGGUAUCUUCGAGUUUACUCCAACAUCGGUCGGUUUGGUGAAUGUCACGAUCAUCGGCCGAUCACCCGGGCACGUUGAAAUCACCGCAUCAGCCACACCAGAAGAUGCUAUCGACACAAGCAACCUUUUUGUUCGUGUUGUUGUCGCACUUUCAUCCGAAUUAAUUACCAUUUCAUCGGUGAUUGGAUGGCUCUACUUUGUUGCAUGGUCCGUAUCAUUCUAUCCACAAAUCAUAAUCAACUACAAACGAAAGAGUGUAGUCGGUUUGAAUUUUGACUUUCUAUCGCUCAACAUCGUCGGUUUCAUGUUGUACGGUGUAUUCAACAUUGGGUUGUAUUCCAUUCCAGAGGUUCAGAAAGAAUACGCUCGACGAAUUCCGCGUGGUUUAAAUCCAGUUCAAUUGAAUGAUAUCUUUUUCGCUUGUCAUGCGACAUUCGCUACGCUCAUCACAAUCGCCCAGUGCUUUGUAUAUGAAAGAGCUGAUCAACGCGUUUCAACCGUUGGCCGAUCACUGUUAGCAUUGUUUACAGCAUGUGGAAUAAUCUCAGUCGGUCUGGCCAUCUUCGAAGUCAUUCAUUGGUUGGACUUUUUAUACAUAUGCAGUUAUAUCAAGUUGUCGAUAACACUUAUCAAAUAUGUACCACAGGCGUACAUGAACUACCAAAGAAAAAGUACAAUCGGUUGGAGUAUUGGAAAUGUUCUACUCGAUUUCACGGGUGGCAUGUUGAGUAUGAUGCAAAUGAUUUUAAAUGCGUACAAUUAUGAUGACUGGGCAUCGAUUUUCGGAGAUCCAACCAAAUUCGGUCUUGGCCUAUUUUCUGUGAUGUUCGAUAUAUUAUUCUUGCUACAACAUUAUGUUUUCUAUAGAGAACCGAAAGACAAAUUAAGUGGACACGUCUGAUGGAAAUGUCUCAAAGUCAUUUGAUUAAGAAUUUAAACUAGUUUUUAGUUAUUAUAAAAUUAAGUUUUGCAAAUAGUUCUAUUCGUAUUGCAUAAUUCCAAUAAAACGAUUCUAUUUAGAUAAGGACAAUCGAUAGGAUGAUCAUGAAAAUGAUGACAAUAAUGAAAAUUGUUUCGAAUAAAGUAUCUCGUAGCUUGUA